AUGGGGGUGCAUGGCCUGACGACGUACUUGAGGGAGAGAAAGCGACUCCUUUCCGCCACCACGGUGCUUUCAGCAAAGUCCAACAAUCCAGUUCCCAUAGUCGUCGAUGGAUGGUCUUUCAUCUACGAUCUAUACAACUCCCACCACCUUCCCUGGGUUUACGGUGGCGAGUAUGCCGAGUUCGAACGACUCGUGAAGACUGUCGUUGAAUCAUGGAUCCGAGUUGGGUUGCAGGUGUACUUCGUAUUUGACGGAGCCUGCCCGGACCUCAAGUUUCCAACUGUCAUCUCCCGACUCGCACAGUCGCACAUUCAGCCAGCACAGCUCUUCUUUCGUACAUCCUCGGUCUCUCGGUCUACAGGCCGCUUCUUGAACGAGACUCGGAUCCUGCCUCCGCUUGCAUACUCCACCUGUAUUCACGCCCUUGAAGCUGUACGAUCCGAGACCGGCGCAGUCGACUUGCAUUUUGCUGAUGAGGAGGGUGACCCAUACGCCGUCGAGCUUGCCGCGAGACUCGGGGGAUAUGUCCUCGGGAAUGACUCCGACUUCGUGAUCUUAAACUCGGCUGGAUACCGUGGCUACAUUCCGUUGGACGAAUUGACGGUCACGAAACCCAAGGCAAAAAAGAAAGCGACGAAUUUGUCACACGCACCAAGCUCGGAAGGUCUCCUACCUCCGGAGAACCUUGAUCGAGAAGAAUUAUCGAUAUCUUUCGUCUCAUACAGCCCGAAUACCCUCGCCGAUCAUUUGAACAUCCCGGUCACCCUCCUUCCGCUGUUAGGCGCCCUUGUUGGAAACGAUUUCUCCAAAGAAGUAGAAUCCAACUCUCGAAAGAUUCAAGGAUUAUUUUUCGAACGCAGCCUCACUCUGGCUCAACGAAUCGAGAAGGUUGCAAGCACGAUACGCUCCGCAAUGUCACCAAGUAGCCAACGUCGAAAGGCGAAACACCAAGUUGGGAGCGUUAUGGAUCUCAUUGACAGGACGGUCAAUGCAUUACUUUCUCGACUAACGACGACUAUGGGUAGCGGAGAGAUUGACGCCAUCGUGGACAAGAUCGUGAAUGCGACCCUACAGUAUGCGAUCCCAAAAUAUGCCGGAGAGUUGGAAGGGAAGGAGGGGCUUUGGGCCACCAGUGUUUGCGCGUUGCACGAUCCUGAAACGUGUUCCUUGCUGCCCAUGAUUUCACGCAACGUGAUGCGUCAGGCAGAGGAGUCUGAAAACGCGGAUCCGCGGCUGCUCGAGGCCAGAGAAAAAUACUUAGACGCCUACCGGUGUGGCCUUCUCUCGCCCAAAAACAUGGACAUCUUAAACACGGGAUCCUCUUGGGCCCGUUUGUUUCUUGAAAACCCUGACCAGGAAACAGUUGGGCGGAGCAUCGGACGACCCAUCCGUGAAUGGGUCCAUGCCAUCCUACACGACGCUGUUGGACUUGAGCCUUCUGAAUUGGCAGAAAGCAUCGAUGGUGAAGAGGUGGAUGCCGAAGAAAGUGACCCAGACGAGCUCGUCGACGUUGUCGAGUCCGACAGCGACGGUUCAGACAGUCCAAGUGGCAGAGACUUUCUCGCCCCUCUCAAAGGUGCUCUCCAGCGGCUUCACAACGACGACUAUUCAGAGAGCGAAGCUACAGAACCUCCUGCGUCGGCCAUCUCGCACCGGCGUGUAUCCACUGCACCGCCCAUUGUAACAGAAUAUCUUCGUCGCGGGACGAGGAUAGCUGCAGAGACAGUUACCGUCACCCCUUUUCGCGAUCUUUUGACCUCCAUCUCACUUCCAGAAUUCGCGAAGGAAGCUGCUCCCCCCCUGGUCCUGAGAUCAGAAGAGGACCGUCUGACCAUCUUACUUCGGAUACUCCAAUCUGACGUCCAGGCAGUGCGAAGUUUACCGCCAGAGGCCGUCCUCCCUGUAGUGGCCCUGCGUUGGGUCAUUCGCACUCUGCACGUGCGUUGGGAGGAGACAGGAAGCAAGGAACGCGAGAAAGAACGUUGGACAAGGAGUGAAGCUCGUUGUUUCCUGUCGUCCUUAUCUUGGGCGCCUAAUCAACAUCUCAGCGGAGAUCAAACUAACACACCUUUCCCACCAAUAGAAGAUCGCAACAUCCAACUCAUUGCUCAAAUCCUGAUGGCAUUGGGCACCAUUGAACAGCUCUCGCAAGCGCUCCUUCUAUCUGGACGUAUUCCUUCGAAUUUCCACCAACUAUCGGGAAAGGCUUUUCACGCUAGGUUGACGGGAACAGCCUCGUCUAUGGAGAUUAGCAUACCAAAUGGGAUCUGGGAGGCAGCCGAGGUUGGACUAGAGGAUUCCUUCCAAGAAGAGCGCGUCAAAAAUACAAAGAAGCCUAAGAAAGCGCAUAAACUCCAGGUGCCCAUCUCCACACCCCAGCCGACCAAAUUAGGUGGACAGAAGGGCAACAGUAUCUACGCAUUACUGGGAGAUAUUGAAGCUUGA